AGACAUACCUUACUGAAUUUUCAUGGCUAAGGCUAUUCUUUUGGUACAGGAUGCAGUGCAGCCUUGUGCCCGCUCUCGGCGUUAUUGGGUUAUGAAACCCUCUGCUACUGCUAAGUUUUCUGCUAUCUUUUAGCAGUUAUGCACUUCUGUAGGAGCUGUACGGCCUGAUCAGCGGCCAAAUGAACGCGAAUCCAGAGGCGGCUGUGAUUGUGGCUGGGGACUUUAACCACGUGGAACUGAAAGCUGUUCUCCCCAGAUUUCACAAAUCCAUAAACUUUCCGACCAGAGACAACAACACACUGGACCAGGUAUACUGUAACAUACCAGGAGCAUACAAGGCUGCAGCAGCUCCUCACCUUGGUAUGUCAGACCAUAUAUCUGUGAAACUGAUACCCGCCUACAGACCUCUGAUCUGCCGGACCAAACCCACCACCAGAACCGUUCAGGUUUGGACCGAGGAGGCUUCCUCAGCCCUUCAGGACUGCUUUGAGUACACAGACUGGGGAGUAUUCAAAGAGGACGCAGACCUGGAGGAAUACACGUCAGCUGUGUUGUCCUAUAUCCACUUCUGCACUGAUGCUGUCCUCCCUACAAAAACAAUCAUGGUUUUUCCCAAUCAGAAACCAUGGGUGGACGGCACAGUGCGGGCCCUGCUAAAAGCCAGAGAUGCAGCCUACAGAGCCGGAGACAAACUGGACUAUAUAGCAGGGCCUGCAAAGAACUAAAAAAGGGCAUCCAGCUGGCGAAGCACAGAUACAAGCAACGCAUCAAGGACCACUUCAAGGACAAUAACACACGCAACAUGUGGAAAGGCAUCCAGACCAUCACGGACUACAAGCUCGGUGACCAGCAGGUCAGCCAUGACCCCACUCUGCUUGACACCUUAAACAACUUCUUUGCACACUUUGACUCUCCAAGCAGCAGAGGGGCUGUGCACCUUCCUCAGCCAGAGGUGCAGCAUCAGCCUCUCACCCUGCAGCUGCACCAGGUGACCUCCACCCUGAGGAGAAUUAACAUCAACAAGGCUGCAGGCCCAGAUAAGGUGUCAGGUCGGACCCUGAAGUCAUGUGCGGACCAACUGGCAGAGGUUUUCCUGGACAUCUUCAACCUGUCGCUGCAGCUUUCCAUGGUCCCUGUCUGCCUGAAGUCCUCCAUCAUCGUGCCUGUGCCCAAAACAACAACCAUCACCUGCCUCAACAACUACCGUCCUGUUGCCCUGACCCCAGUCAUAAUGAAGUGCUUCGAGCGGAUCCUCCUGAAAUACAUCAAGGACGCUAUCCCUGCAGGCCUGGACAGCCUGCAGUUCGCCUACAGGGAGAACCGUUUGACGGAGGACGCUGUCUCGUUAGCACUUCACCGUCAGGAUGCUGUUUGUGGACUUCAGUUCGGCUUUCAACACUGUUCUUCCGGACGUGUUGGCCCUGAAGCUCCACAACCUGGGUCUGUCACCAUCGCUCUGCUACUGGAUCAGUGACUUCCUCACCAACAGGCCCCAGGUGGUGAGGAUAGGGAAGUUCACCUCUGCACCACUGAUCCUCAACACCGGAACGCCACAGGGUUGUGUGCUCAGCCCUGCCCUCUUUACCCUCUUCACCCAGGACUGCUCUGCCAUUCACCCUUGAAACAUGGUCGUGAAGUUCGCGGAUGACACCACCGUGGUGGGUCUCAUAUCUAACAACGACGAGACCCACUACAGAGAAGAGGUCCAGAACAUCACACAAUGGUGUUCCAGGAAUAACCUUAUCCUGAACACCAGUAAGACAAAGGAGGUCAUCGUGGACUACAGGAGGUCCAGGAAGACUGAGCACACUCCUCUCUGCAUACACGGAGAGGCAGUGGAGCAUGUAGACAACACUAAGUUCCUGGGCAUCCACAUCUCCUCUGACCUCACCUGGACUGUGAACACUUCACACCUGGUAAAGGAGGCCCAACAAUGGCUCUUCUUCCUCAGGAAGCUGAAGCGGUCUGGACUCUCCUCUCAGGUGUUAGUGAACUUUUACAGAGCCACCAUUGAGAGCAUCUUGUGUCUCAGUGUGACGGUGUGGUAUGACAGUUGCACGUCACAAAACAAAAAGGACUUAGCCCGGGUGGUGAGAACAGCACAGGGGAUUGUGGGCCGCCGUCUACCAGAUCUGGACUCCGUUUACAUUGCCCGAGUCCAGAAGAGGGCCAGACGUAUGGCUGCCGA